UCAUCGAUCUCAACAAGCAACACAGCACAUCACCCAACAGUAGCUAGCUACCGAUGGCGAUGGCCAAGCUCGUCCUCCUCCUCGUGGCCCUCGCCGGCUCCUCCUGCGCCGCGUGGGAGCUCAACAUCCGGAUGCCCGCGGCGCGCUUGGACGGCGAGGUCAGGGACGCGGCGGCGCCGCUGAUCCACGCGCUGCGCCCGCUGGUGGGCUCCGCCGGGGACCUGGGCCGGCGCGGCGGCGUCGCGUGCGACAGCUGGCGGCUGGCCGUGGAGGCGUACAACAAGCGGGACUGGAAGACGGUGCCGGCCAGCUGCGAGGGCUACGUCGGCCACUACAUGCUCGGCGGGCACUACCGCCGGGACUCCCGCGUCGUCGUCGACGAGGCCGUCGCCUACGCCGAGGGGCUCGAGCUCACCGGCAACGGCAGGGAGGUGUGGGUGUUCGACAUCGACGAGACCUCGCUCUCCAACCUCCCCUACUACGCCACCCACGGCUUCGGCACCGAGCCGUUCAACGCGACGAGCUUCAACGCGUACGUGAUGGAGGGCAGCGCGGUGGCGCUGCCGGAGACGCGGCGGCUCUUCAGGAAGCUCGUCUCGCUCGGCGUCAAGCCGGUGUUCCUGACGGGCCGGAGCGAGGAGCAGAGGGCCGUCACGGCCGCGAACCUCCGCUGCCAGGGCUACGCCGGCUGGGAGAAGCUCCUGCUCAAGCCCCUCGGGUUCAAGGGCACCGCCGUCGCCUUCAAGUCCGGCGAGCGCCGGAAGCUGGAGGACGCUGGGUACGUCAUCGUCGGCAACAUCGGCGACCAGUGGAGCGACAUCCUCGGCGCGCCGGAGGGGGCGCGCACCUUCAAGCUGCCCGACCCCCUCUACUACAUCGGCUGAUCAAGCUAGGAUGCGGUCGUCGCUUCCCAACCGGUCGAUGAUCAUCCAACGGCUCUCCGUGAACCCACCAAUCUGUCCGGCCGGCCGGUUGUUGCGUGCUGUGCUUGUUUGUGACGAAGUGCUUUGAUGUUUUUUAUUAUUAUCACGCCGCCCUUCAUCAGUGAUUAACUAUUGCUUAGCUCCAUGUUAUCGCUUAAUAAUCGCCGUUGCUUUUUCUGAGCUGAGGCUCGAAAUAAAACUCAUCGAUCCAUGAGCA